AUGAAAGAGACGAAAACGCCAGGCAAAGGUGGAAUCUCAUGGACGCGACUAGUAACAGGAGGAACCGAGUCGAAGGGACUGAGUGCGGCUACAAAUGCUUUCAACGCCGUUUAUCUCGAUUCGAGGAUAGCCGGUAGCAAGCAUCCGGAUGGAGUUCAUGGCAGAUGUGGCAACAUAUUUAUUUGGAAUGCUCACUAA